CAUAUCAGCAGCCAGCCUGAGCAGCAGGCUCCACCAAAAACACAGGCUUCAAAGAAAGAAGAAAAGAAAGGGUCAGGAAAGACAGAUGAAUCUCUCUCGGCUAGAUUCAAAGGUGAUGGUGUAAGAUACAAAGCUAAACUAAUUGGCAUUGAGCCAGAAGCAAGAGGAGACAAAAUGAGUCAGGAUUCAAUCAUGAAGCUGAAGGGAAUGGCAGUGGCAGCCCGUUCCCAGGGUCAGCACAAACAGAAGAUAUGGCUAAACAUCUCUCUCUCUGGUAUCAAGAUAAUGGAUGAGAAAACUGGGGUUAUAGAGCGUGAGCAUCCUGUGAACAAAAUCUCCUUUAUUGCUCGGGAUGUAACAGACAACCGGGCCUUUGGCUAUAUUUGUGGAGGAGAAGGCCAACACCAUUUUUUUGCAAUAAAAACAGCACAGCAGGCUGAGCCUCUAGUUGUUGAUCUUAAGGACCUCUUCCAGCUAAUAUAUAAUACAAAGAAAAAGGAGGAGGAAGACAAGAAAAAGGCAAAAGUCAAUAAGACUGAGAAUGGUAAUGAAGCACUACCUGCUGAUCAGGCUGACAAACUGAAACUGGGAAUUAACCAGAUGAACUUGUUUGGGGAUAUGUCCACACUUCCUGAUAUGAGCAGUCCAACUGAAACUAAAGAGAUUCUGUUAGUGGAUCUAAACUCUGAAAUUGAGACCAAACAGACUUUUACAAAAGAGGAUCUCUUCUUGAAUGGCAUCACGACCUCUCUUCCACAACCAAAGUCACAGCCACCUUUCUUGCCUGAGACUUCUUUUUCUGCCAAUCUCAGCUUCUUUCCCACACCUAAUCCAGACCCUUUCAGUGAUGAUCCUUUUGCACCACCAGACCAAUCUGCACAGCCUUCAUUUGAUUCUCUAGAAUCUGCCGAUCAGAAGAAGGAAGGUCUGGGUACCUUGACACCAGUGGGUAAUGGUGCUUCAAAUAGUGAUAUUGACUACUUUGGUAAAUGGUUUGACCAGAUUUCUAAUAGAACUGGCAAACGAGAAGCACUCACAAGUCAGUGGCCAUUUGAGAGUAAACUGCCUGCAGCAAGAACUCCAAAUGGGGUACCAGAGAGAGAACAGAAUGGCUUUCUUAAAGCCCCAUCAAACCUGUUUGUGGAAGGGCCUUCCAAAGGAGUAACUCUGCAGAAUGGAGUAAAGCUGGAUUCAGAAAGCAAUAUCCAGCUCAUGUCACAUGAGUCUGUAACAAUUAGCCCACCACCACAAAGUACCAAGCCAGGAAGAGGAAGGAGGUCUGUCAAGGUGAACAAAGUUCAAGUAAUUACUGGUGAAAUGCAUGCUCUUAGAGAAGCUGAGUGAAGGAAGCUUUCCUUUCUCCAUACUGUAUAACUGGCUAAGCAGCUUCACAAUGCAGCUACUACUCUUCCACCCACCAUGCUUCCUCUAGCCUCUCUGCAG